AAUAACGGAACGCUACAAUAUUUACUAAAAUACAAUUCAACGUCGGACACUCAUGCCGCAGAUCAAUAAAACAGUAAACACCCAAUACUGGCUCUUUCAUCUGUAAAUUGAGCACUCCAGCAUCGCAAGUUAUUUAUUCAGCCUGUAAAAUGGCCUGGAUCUGGAAGAGGAAGUCAGUAAUAGUAAGCAGUCUUAUCGUGGUAGUGUCUCUGUUUCUGGUGGUGAUGAAUUACUCCGAGAAGCCUUACUUCCUUCUGCAGCCUGUAUUUGGCCAGAGCUUCAGCAGAAACUGGAUGUUCUCCCGUCCACCACAAAAAGCCUUCAAACCCCACCGUGGCUACCUCAGUAUCCCCAACCAGGAGCCAUUGAAGCUGCAUUGUGAGUUGUGCAGUAUAGUGUCCAGCUCUGGCCAGAUGUUGGGGCGUGAGGCCGGGGCCGAGAUCGACCAGUCCUCCUGCAUAUGGAGAAUGAACAAUGCACCCACAAGAGGCUUUGAGAUAGACGUGGGCCGCAGGACGGACCUGAGGGUGGUGUCCCACACCAGUGUUCCUCUGCUAAUCCAAAAGCCACAGCACUUUUUUGGCCAGGGGAAUGAGACUGUUUAUGUGGUAUGGGGACCCUUACGUAACAUGAGGCAGGACGGCAAGGGCAUUGUGUACAACAUGCUGCGGCAGGCAGUGGAUAACUACCACCAGGCUCGCAUCUAUGUCACCACAGAAGAGCGCAUGAAUUACUGUGACACUGUAUUCAAGAAGGAGACGGGUAAAGACAGGAUUCAGUCGGGGUCGUACCUGAGCACCGGUUGGUUCACACUCAUUCUGGCCAUGGAAAUGUGCAAGGAGAUCCGAGUCUAUGGCAUGAUUAACGACACGUACUGCAAGUCAGAGGGCAACAGGAAAGUACCGUACCACUACUAUGAAGCAGGAAGUCGAGACGAAUGUGCAGAAUAUCUCUUGCACGAGAGCGCACCUUAUGGCGGACACCGUUUCAUCACAGAGAAGGCGGUUUUUGCAAAGUGGGCCAAGACUCACCCCAUCAAGUUUUUCAGUCCAGAAUGGCAGCUGUCAUGACCAAUGGAAGACUCCCAUUCCUUCUGAAUGUCCCAACACUCUGUUGGCCCAUAACCUUUCCAUCUUAAAUUAACACACAAACGUUGAGGUGAAGAAUCCCUCUGAUUGCAAUUUCAAACACCAGUUGUUUGAGUGUUGUAAGUCACCCAUCGUAACCAUACUGAGAGGUCUCUAUUGCACCUGGUGUUGAAUCGUUGUGGUCAUUUAGUGGAUUUUGCAUGUUAAAAUUUUUUUACUCAUUGGACAACCGAGUAGCUUAGAUUUUCUCUGAGCACAUACAGUUAUUGCAGAAAAGAUGAGCUACAGUAGAAUGUCACAUCCUUGUUUAUUCUUUGAUCACCAGACUUAGAAAAGAGACGAUGAAGUACAUGAUUGAGAAACCUUUGCUUUGAUUGGCAUCUCGGAUCACAACAACUACUGAUGCAGUCUUAUAUGAACAGCGAUGGAUCUUGGUUUCUGUAAAUGAGUACACAUAAUAAGUUAUUUAUUGUCUCAUAGACAAGCAUCGGACUAAAUCAGACCUCAGAAAAUGUGAUGCCACUCUCAAAUCUUUUAAUUUUGUACAUGACCUACAAAAGUCAUCAGCCAAAAACCCAAAAAAUGAUGACUAUGACACUCACGUCUCUUUGGGGACACGUAAAUAUGUAUGCAACCUUUUAACAGCUGAAUAUUAGGUCAUUCGGGAACCUUGGUAUAUCAUUUUUGCACACUUGCAGAUAUUAUGCAAGUUUUAUGCUGUUAAAAUAGGCUGUGGAAUAUAAACUUAUAUUCUGUUGUUAUGUACCAGGGCAAAAACGCAAGAAAGCCGAAGGUGCGAUAGUAUUGUUGGAUUUACAUUGUUUGCCUAAUGUACCAUAGAGAGAUGACAUGAGAAUGGUCUAGUUCAUGGUCCAGCAUCGGUGCUGUGAGUUCCGAUGUGAAGAUUGUUCCUGUAUUAAAUGUAGUGUAUACUGUACAUUGACGGCAUGUAGCAAUCCAUCACCAUUCUUAUGCCUUAUUUGCUUGUUUAAAAAAUUACCUGUCAGUAUCCUGAAAGGAAUAGUUCACCCAAUAAUUAAACAUGAGGGUAAAUAAUUGCAAAAGUUAAAUUUUUGGGUGAACUAUCCCUUUAAGAUGAUUUUACACUGUCUCUGUUGUCAGAUCAGCAGGUUAAUUUGAACAGCUACUGUAGCUAAGUGUCGUAGCAUCAUAUAAACUAGCAGACAAUGCAGCACCCCAGGAGCUCCCCCGAUGUGUCGAGACUUCCCCAGCACAUGUAGUUGUGGUUUUUCUCCAUCAAAGCACAGCAUGGAUCUUUUUUUGUAUCUAUAUUAAGAACAUUCAUUGUUGUUGAUACUGUGCGUAAUGCUUCAUCUUGUGAUUAUGACAUCAUCUGGCAGCUCAGCCCAGACAGCCUUUCUCUAUAAUGCGCCACUUUGUGCAUGUUUGACCAGAAUUGCUAUGGCAUUGCAACAACGUGUAAGCACCAUUGCAGUGCCAGAUGUUUUCCCUGGAGAGAAAAACAAAGCUGCUGGAUGGAUUAGCUGUGUGAAGAGAGGAUGGAGUAAAUAUGGAGUCAGAAUAGGAGAACAGGAAGGUGGUGCCACUUCUGGAGCGGUUUUGUGAUGAUAUAUUGCUCAUGCUUUGGGCCAAUCAAUUCAUUUAAACAACCGAUACAUGGUAAAGUUAGGUAUGGGCAAUAAUACUUAUUUUCUUUUUGAUGUGAUACCAAGUACGAGAAAAUACAGCCGAUUGUGAUACCAAUACUGAUACCUUUUAUUAAACGAGAAAGUUUUCUAACUGGUCUUACAGAAUAAUUUUACUUACUAUACCUAUAUUUCUGCAAAGUAAUUUUUACCUAGCUCAUUCGUAUUGUGGCAUUUUCCUGGUGAAAUAUUAUUAUACAACCAAAUACAUUUACAAGCUUGUUAAUAUGUGGUCGAAUUGCGCAGUUGAUCGUCUAAUAGAGAAUUGCACCAGAGAUUAUUUAGCAGAGACAAGCCACUUCUAUUAUGGGAGAAAUUGGAAUGCCCAACAGUUUACGAAUGUAGAAAGUAAAAUUUGUCAAAAGAGCCAAUCACCUUUUCGAUACAGACAUUGCCUGUCAAUCAACUCGAGAAUGCCAUUCGCAACCCCUUUAUAAGCUUAAACAUUUUUUUUUUAAGCAAUAUAAGCUUUUGUUUUUUAGCCUAAUCUGUGGUAAAGAAGCACAAUUUAUGAUACCAGUGUUUUACUGCUGAUUCAUGACUGGAAAUAGCUUCCCAGAAGUGUUCAAAAGAUUGCCGCCAGUGGACUGACUUGCUAGAAAGAUUUUGGUUGCACUUGCAACAUGAAGGACUGGGGUAUGAGUCCUAUGAGUCGAAGAAACGUGACACAAAAGUGUUCUUUCAGCCAAUUGUGUUUUUCAUUUAACCAUUGUUUUUUGAUGACGCAAUCAGUUAGCUUUAGGUUUAAGGUUUAGGUUAGGGCGGAAGGUUUUGUUGAUUUCAAACUCGAUAGAGCGUUAACUUUAAACACCUCAUCUGUUUUGGUGAAACUUUAACUCACUUUUAGUGCCACACAGUGAACAUUUCAACUCAGAACUCCCGCGAUACAUGUAAGGAGCAACAUAACAUUAUUUUACAUACAUAAUGCCACAAAAUUUUCAUUGCCACUUCUGAGGAUAAAAUGAAAAUCAAACACUACAAAAAUCUACACUACACCAGCACUGAAACUGGGAAAUAUGGGAUAAAAUGUUUUUGGAAUUGCCAGCCAAAUGUGUUGUAAAUACAGUAUAUGGUAAUGCACUAAUUCGAUUUUUACAUGAAUCUCAUGAAUCAUAUUUGAGCAAACCCCAUCACAGGACGUUACAGUGUCCAUUUUUUCUCAAGCUGGAAAUGUUGUUGAACAUAUGGGCAUGUGUGAGCUCCAAUAUCUGGGUGAAAUGUCCACAGAGUGGUGCCAAAAGUGAGUUGUAUUUUUAGUUGAAAAUCACGUGAUACAGUUAACAGGAAUGCAUGUUUUUUUAAACCCGUGGUCUAACCCAAACCUCGACCCUAAACCUAACCUUCAAUGGAGUAAAAAGGUAGUCUUUGAUGCAACCUCUGAGUUGAUUAUGUGAACGUGAUUACUUCCUGGUUCCCGAGGGACCAGAACCUGUGUCUUGGAGGUUGUUUAUCCAACAAGCUACCAGUAGCGCUACAGGGAAAUGUAUUCACGGUGAAAUUGAUAAAACAGUGCUUGAUGGGGGAUGCUGCUUUUCAGUAAUGGGGUUGAUUUUAGGGUACAUGAACUUUCGGAAGCAACAUGUUUAUUUUCUCUGCGAUCAUGUUGACUAUGCACCACUCUUUCUGUUUUCGUAAAUGAGUACUUUGACUGAGCACUGUCUGUGACUGUUUGUGUCUUUCGGCAUUCCUGCUUGUGAUCAUCUGAGCGAUAUUUGUUAACAAAGUUCACUUUUUCCCCUUCAAAGUUUUGAUACAUUCAUUUUCAUGUUAAAUAAUGAAUUCAAUCAGAAGUGUUAAAAACACUUAGGAUUAAUAUUUAAAUGUCAGAAUUAACCCUUUGAAUUACAGCAUUAGUAUGGGAAGUAUCAAUAUUUCAAGAUCGAUUUGCCCAUCCCAACUUGACCCAGUGUUGACCCAGGAACAUAAUUUCCUGUCUUACAGUAUGUAUUGAUUUUGUUCACCAUGUGAUAAAAAAGGCCUGAUAAGGAAAACAGCACUUUCAAUCUUGUAUAUAUUCUUGAAUUCAUCCCCUGCCCUGCUGUUCGUGCCUCAGUUAUUACCAUAUAUACUAAUGAUAUACUCUGAACUUGUGGGUAGAGAGGUCAUGAAUCUUGGAAAAACUUGCUAAUCUUGAUCUCAUGAUCUGCUUGAUACAGUCCAUGCCUUUCCAUUGAUCUACAGCAUCAUUAGCACUUCACACAAGAAUGGGAAUGUUGACCUAUCACCCAGAUGUUCGAUUGAGACUAAAUCCAGCACAUUUUCUGUUCUUUUUGUUUGUGAAAACACUACUCUGACUUCGGCAUUGUUCUUGUGUUAUGUUGUUUCUUUUAUCAAAUGUCAUAAAUGCUUUUCUUUAACUUUUUAAAAGGGUGCAUUUUUGAGGUGUACGCUUCAUCACUUUUCUUUGCAGCUUAAAGUGUACUUUUUAUCAUUUUAUUCUGGUUAUUGAAUUUUAUUUUUUAUAUUUUUCUUUGUUGGUAUGUGUAUGUUGUCACACAAUUAAGCUUUCAGCCAUUCACAGCAGACAAAGGUAGGCUUUCUGUUUUUGCAAGCGAUGAUUUUUGUGUUUUCCCCCAUUAAUAGUGGAAUCUAAGAGUCAAUUAUACAUUGUCUUGCUAAAGUAAUUAUUCCCCUUACAAGGACACAGAUGGCCUCUACCUGUGAAUCCUUGAAACAACUUUUACAAGUUUUACAACAAAACAUUUCAGAUUGGGAUUCAAAAGGCCAGUUAGAAAAAAAAAAAGUCUAAAUAUCAUUACAAUGACGUUAGAGAUGAUGUAAAACAAUUGAAUAGAUUAGGAAAGGGUGUAAACGAAUAUCACAGAAUAUCACUAUAACAAUUUCUGAAAGUAUUCUGAAGGUAACUUGCCCAUAAAAACUCAGCACUAUGAUGCUGGGUGGUGUGGGUCAGGGUUAGGAGGGCUCGGGGCAAAAAUGUCCCUGAUAUUCAACAUAUUGGGUCAAAAAAAAAAAAAAGUGUAUUUGUAACAUCUGACAUAAUUCUUAAUUUUCAGUUAUAGCCCUAGUUAUACAGUACAUAUGAUUGCAAGAAAAAUGUGUUGAUGUUCAUUUGAUUUUAAAGGUAAUAAUUCUCAAUCUUGACCAUUUGCAUUCAUAUUAAAGUAUUUAACAUAAACAGAUGGGACAGAGGUUGUUUUAUAUGGUUUGAAAAAAAAAUUGCCCUCAUAAAGGUAAAAAUAAAAUAAAAAAAAGUACCUGAAAAUCAAAUCCAAGGAGCAAAUUUUUGUUGCUUAUGUUCAUUUCUGACACUAGUGUGGGUGAUUGCUAGGCUGUUGCAAGGUGGUUACUAAGGUGUUCCAGGUGGUUGCUUAAUGGCCCAAGUCAAAUUAACCAUCCCCAAGUCCCCAAGUAACUAUAAACAUAAAAAAAAAAAAAAAACCAUUGGAUCUAGACUGAAGUAAAGCGAUGAAAGUAUCAUUUUGUUGGACUCCUUUUUAAAAGCAGGGUCUACUGUAUGCACCUUGCUAAAAGAAAUAAAAAAGGAUUAGAAGAAGAGGGGGGAAUGGAUGGUGAAAAAGAUAGGGUAAUGUUUUAGCUUGACGAUGAUACUAAACACAAGGUCAGUUUAAAAUUGGAGUCAGUUUAGAGGUGAAUCUCCUACAGUGGCCGAGUCAAAGACCUCAUCUCAGUCCAAUUGUGAAUCUCUGGUGCUGUUUGAAAGUCACAGUGCAAGGGUCACUGGCAAACUUGAAAUGCCAAUCUGCCCAGGAAAAUGGGACAGAAUUACACCUGAGGUGAGCGGUUGUGCAAAACUGGUCAAAAGAGCUGUCAUUGCUACAAAAGUGGCUCUGUGUGUAUUUAAUAAUUAUUUUUAUUAUUAAUAUUUUCUUUAAUUAAGAAAGGAUUGUCUCACUGAAAAGACAGUCAAAUGGAUUCAAACUGUUUAGGCAUCAUCGACUGUUACUGUAUAAUUGCUUAGAUUUUUGGUUUAAAGGUCAGUCUACUGUAUUUUGCUGUGCAGUCAAAUAGGUAGCAGCUUAUUUCACAUUCAGAUCAUUCUCAUAUCUCAGCACAACACUGUAUUUGUGAAAGCAUGAAUAUGUGUUAGAAUGUUUUAUAGCAGAAUUGAGGUUACUACUGGAGGUGUAAUUACUUUGUCUUGACUAUUCUUGUUCCAGCUCUCCCUGCUGUCAGUGAAGGUGUGAAUAACAUUGUAGCAACAAAGGAGACAGUUUCAAACUUCCCUUUUCAUCUUGAUUAUAGAACAUACUUAAAGGGGUAGUGCGCACAAAAAUGAAAAGUCUGUCAUCAUUGACUUACCUUCUCUUCAUGUCAUUUCAAAUUGAGUAAUCUAAUGGAAUACAUUACAAAUUACAUUUUACAGCAUGUAUUCUGUAUUCUGUAGUGGAAUACAUUUCAAAAGUAACCCUCCCAACCCUGCAUAUAUAAGCAUCAUAGAAGUAGUCCAUAUGGCUUUUGCGCUAUAUUCAAAUUCUUUUGAAGCCAAAAAUAGCUGGAAAGACGUGGCUAAGUAAAUGAUGAUAGAAUUUACAUUUGUUUGUUAACUUGUCCUUUAUCUACCACAUUCCAACAGAGGUCUUUUAUGGUUAAACCCCAGAAAAGUUUUAGAUCUCUGAGGGUAAAUGUCAGUGGACAGUGCUGCAGUAUUUCACAAUGUUGCGUAUUUAACCUCUGUUGUUCAUAUGAAACUUUGUAGAAGUCUGGUUGAUAACACAUCAUUUCAGAUUUUUUUUAUUUUUAUCAAAUGGAUACAUUUUCCUGUCAAAUAUUCUUUGUGCCGAGCUGUGCUGAUGCCCUUCAUUUAACAGAUGACAUUGCCGUAUGUAUUGUGCUACCACCUAUGCCUCUACUCUCAGCUCACCACCACAAUUUCAUUGCUUUCUACGGAACUCACAGUGACUCAGAAAACACAAUGUGUGAGGAGACACCCGCAGAGAUUUGUCUACAUCAGCGGUUCUGCUCGACUUUGUUGCAUUAAAACCCAAAAACAUUUUGUAUAUUUUCAAAGUAGUGAAAUAGUCAAAGGUCCAUCAAACCCU